UCGCUAGUUUUAGUCAAUAACUGGUGUUAAUAAAACAUGGGUGGUAAAAUUUGGAGUGAAUUUCAAUGCACAAAAGAUGGUGCGCUUCUCAAAUUCAGCGUACGUAAUUGUACAGAAGAACGAAUGGAAGAUGCUACUGAAUUAUUCUUUGAUUACUUACUGAAAGAUGAAGCCCUGCAAAAAAUUUCAGGUGUCGCCUUUAGUGAAGAUGCUAGAAAUGAAUGCAAACCAUAUCUUAUUGGACUUUUGAGACAGAAAACUAACCACAUGGUAGUUUGUGUUGAAGAAACCACAGGAAAAAUAGUUGGAGCAUCAUGUAUGGCGCUAUCUACUAAACAUGAACGUGAUAUUCCAACUGCAAUGCUACAGACUAACGAAGUGAAAAUACUUUUCAAAAUUCUAAGUGGUAUGCCAGAUUUAUAUAAUAUUGGUAAAACCUAUACAGUCGACAAAUGGUACAGUGGCCUAGGAAUCGUAGUGCACCCUGAUUAUAGAGGUUUGGGUGUUGGAAGUGCUCUGGUCCGAUCAAGACGACAUAUAUGUAAAGAACUAGGUGUACCAUUAACAACUGCCUGGAUGACGUCACUUGGUACACAAAAAGCGGCCGCGAGGGACGGCUGGGAGACUCCCUUCGAAAUAGACUCUCGAGAAUUUGCCAAACACUUCAACGCAACUCCAAGCGAUGGUAUCGCUCCCACUUUCAAAGUGAUGGUGGCAAAACCCUAGAAAUACAUUACCAAAUGACUUUUUUCAAUAAAUUAAUACUUUUUUAUAAA